GGAGUCAGUUACGUUGUGACGCACUCUGAUCACUCCAUCCAAGUGGUUGCUGCAAGCUGUUAAGUUAGGCCAGCAUGACACGCCGGUUCGUGCGCAUACUAGUGUGGCUGUUUCUAGCAUUCACAGAAUGUCGCAGCAACAGAGUACAAAAUUGCUAUCGUGCCGCAACUGCCGGUCUCUAUUAUCGUGGUACUAAUAGCACGACGAUUAACGGAAACGCUUGUUUGAGUUGGACAUCAAACGAUGACUACAAGCCAGACGACUACCCACAAGCUGACAUCGGAGAUCACAACUAUUGUCGUAAUCCAAAAGGAGACCCUUACGACAAACCAUGGUGUUUUAUCAACAAAAACAAAAAGUGGGAAUAUUGUGAUGUACAGGAGUGUGCAGACACGUCGUGUUACAGUGUGAUAGACUUUGGUGGCGGAUACAGAGGAACAGUUAAUCAAGACAAAGAUGGUAACACAUGCAUUAAAUGGUCGGCAUCAGGAUCUGAUCUGGAAAGCAACUAUAUGAAGCAAGAAUUCACUAAAUAUGGAAUAGGAGAUCACAACUAUUGCAGAAAUCCAUAUCCCGAUAGUGAUGACCACAACAAACCUUAUUGUCAGUACAAAAAAGACGGCAAUAUUAAUGAAAAAGAUUGUGAUAUUCCGAAAUGCAAUGAUGUUCCUGUCAUUACUCAAACAUGUGGUGGGAAUGGAGGUGGAAAAGCAUGCAAGUUCCCGUUCGAGUAUGACAGCAAAAGGUUUGUAGAAUGCACAAACUACAAGAUUUCUACAUCAAGCUGGUGCGCAACCAAACUCGACGGCGACGGAAAGAUGGAGAAAUGGGGCCAUUGCUACUGUGGCGGUCCAACAACAUCGGCUGUACCAUCAACUGCUGCUCCAUCAACGGCCGCUCCAUCAUCGGUCAUCCCAUCCACAGCCACCCCAUCAACAUCCAUUCCAUCAACGUCCGCUCCAACAACGGCUGCUGCAUCGACGGCAGCCCCAUCAAUUGCCGCUUUAUCAUCGGUCAUUUCAUCAACAUCCAUCCCAUCAACGUCCACUCCAACAACUGCUGCUGCAUCUACGGCCGCACCAUCAACGGCCGCCCCAUCGAUAUCCAUCCCAUCAACGACCACCCCAUCGACGGCCGCCCCAUUAACUGCCGCUCUAUCGACAACCAGCUCAACAACAGCCACUAAGUUGUCUACAACAGACGUCAUCGCAACAAACUUUAGUCGUCCUUUUACAACCAGCAAAGAAACCCCAACGUCUGCUACUAAUGCUCAAACGUCAAAGUCAUUUUCAUCUACGACUACUGUUCAUGCUACCAAUACACUAUCAUCACUUGUUACAUCUUCUCAGACUAGCAAUGAAAUUAGCAGUCAGGCUGCAAAAUCAGCCAAAGGUAGUCGGUCUGAAAGUCUAGCUUCUACAACAGCCACAAGCAAAGUAUCUACAUCUGGGACUGCGAGUAUCGACAGCAAAGUAACUGCCAAUACCGUCGCUACUACCGACUUUUUGAAUUCAGUGACAACUGCAGCUAGAAGAAUAUCCCCGACAGUUGGUCAGCAAACAACUAGACAGUCAGAUGGAGUACCAGCGUUCUUGACAUCUACAAGCUCGGAGUCUGCAAUGAGUGAGAGAGCAUCAACAGCACGCAUGAAUAUGUCCACAAGCGUGCAAGCUACAGCGUCCCUAUCAGCAACUACCGUCUAUGCUCCACAGGGUCAUGAGUCGGAAAAACACGAUGGCAUAGUCCUAAUCGCUGCUCCUGCGGCAGCCGUCGGAUGUUUGAUCGUUGUUAUUGUCAUUAUUCUAUUGGUAAUACGGCGACGUCGCAGAUCGGGAAAACUGUGUGUGCCUAAACACCACACAACUGAGAUUGGCGUGUUGAACCCGACGUAUUCUGUUGCUGAUGUAGACGGAGAAUACGUCGAUCCAAACUUGCAGCAAAAUUACGCUGCCGUCGGACCUCAGCACGAACCUGCUGUGGAUGAAGACGGCUAUCUGGCGACGAAUGAAGCUCUAUCCAAAAGUCGCAAAUACAAUCAAUCGCAAACUGUUGAGGAUAAGCCGCUGUUGACGUCGGCCUACGUGGAUCUGAUCGAAGAUGAGCAGCCGCAGGUCUCCAGAAAUUUCAGCACAAAUGGAGAAGAGGAUGCAGCAGUUUACCUAGAACCAGCAGAUACAAUCGAAGGAAUCUACGAACAGUUUGAAAGCCGUCGGUAUCGCAAACUGGACGUCAAAUCGAUUCAAAUGUUUGACUCUCUUGGAUCUGGUGCGUUUGGUGACGUGCAUAGAGCAGAGUGGAAAAAAAAUGUGAAUGACAAAAUAACUGUAGCAGUGAAAACGCUAAAUUCCAAAGCCAACGAGGAAGACAAAGUCAAAUUCAUGCAAGAAGCAGCAAUCAUGGGGCAAUUUAAACAUAAACAUGUUGUCUCGCUAAUUGGAGUUGUAACAGAAGGAGACGCGCUAAUGGUUGUGUUGGAAUUUAUGGCAAACGGUGAUCUAAAGCAGUACCUUCAAGACGUCCGACUUCACUUAGACGAUAGUCAAGAAGCGGAGGAAAAGUUACAAGUUAAACUGUUGCAAAUGGCUCGCGAAAUUGCGUCAGGAAUGAAAUAUUUGUCCGCUAAACGCUUUGUACAUAGAGAUCUUGCAGCUCGUAACGUGAUGCUUGACAGUGAGCGAAAAUGCAAGAUCGGUGAUUUUGGUCUUUCUCGCGAUAUCGCCGAGGAUUCUUACUAUCGAUCAAAACAGAAUGGGAAAAUACCGGUAAGGUGGACGGCACCCGAGGCUCUCAAUUUUAAGAAGUAUUCUAGCGCUAGUGAUGUGUGGAGCUACGGUAUUGUGUUGUACGAGAUCUGGAGUGUGGGGAUGCGGCCCUACGGCAAGAAGAACAACAGCGACGUUUUGUCAAUGAUUGAUCAUGGCUACAGACUUCCUCCGCCGCCAGGCUGCCCACGGCCAAUCUACGCGUUAAUGAUAGAAUGCUGGCAUCCGAAUCACCAUAAGCGUCCGUCGUUUCGAGAUAUUGUGUCUCGAUUGGCCGCACCUACUCACAGUCUUUUGACUAACAACAGCCAAAGCGAAGGAGAAGGUGGACACGUUGGGGAUCCGCUCAGAUAUGCGGAAAUGCUUUACAAGGACUUGCAACGUUCUUACAAAGACUAACUGCCCUUGUUUCUGACGCAUAGUAAUACGAUAACUUACAAAGGUUAGUUGUCCAUUUGUAUGUUGGCACAGGCCCCAUGUCGGCACAAUGUAUCUUACGAUUCUGAGUCAGAUGGUCGGUUAGUUGCAUGCACAGACUAUUGCUGUUGGUUGCCGUUAAAUAAUCGCAUUGAAAAUGGAAUUGUUAAAACUCUGAUAGUUGUAUCAAAUGAAUGUACUGAAC